GUCCAUCUUUUUUCCCCUCUCUCUGGUCUACGUCAGUUGCUCUCUUGUCCAUCCAGAGAACAAAAACACGAACAUCUCCAGGGGACGCGUGGAAAGGAAAAGAGAGAGAGAGAGAGAGAGAGAGAGAGAGAGAGAGAGAGAGAGAGAGAGAGAGAGAGAGAGAGAGAGAGAGAGAGAGAGAGAGAGAGGGACGUUGGCUUUCUCUUUGUACUGGAUAAAGAAGAGUUGACUGCCUUUCUUUUUAUGUAAGCUGAGUCUGCAUGCUGUAAGUAGGCCAAUAAGCCGGUUACUCUUUUUACGUGGGAGUCUUUCUUCUUCAGCCCGGACGACAAAGGCAACUCGUUAUUUGAGCAGCAUUUUUUUUUUUACAUCUCGCGCUAAAAGACAAGAAUCGAGGGUCGAUCGCCUCGUGGCUGUCCCCCUCUUUUAGCACCUCCGGCCCGGGGGGUUGGAUUGGAUCUCUCUCUUCCGCCGAAACAGAGCGACCAUGGCGGCUGUCACCAGCCCGGAGACGAGCCCUCAGCCCCGGGUGUACUUCCAAACGCCGGCCGGCAACACGGAGGAGCCCGAGACCCCGGUUCGCAAGCAGGGACGCGUGACCGUCAAAUAUGACCGCAAGGAAUUGAGGAAAAGACUCAACCUGGAGGAGUGGAUCAUCGACCAGUUAACGGACCUCUACGAUUGCGAGGAGGAGGCCAUCCCAGAACUUGAGAUCGAUGUGGAUGAAUUGCUGGACAUGCCGAGUGACGUGGAACGGGCCGCCAGGGUCAAGGACUUACUAGUGGACUGCUUUAAACCCACUGCGGACUUCAUCUCGGAGCUCCUGGACAAGAUCCGAGGGAUGCAGAAGCUUUCUACGCCUCAGAAGAAAUGAUGGCACCCCUCUUUUAGUUCCAUCAUCCACCGCUCAUCAACCACUUGUUGUCUUCCUCUCGCUUGUUUUGUCACUCAAGUCGUCAAGUGCUGGAGUUGAAGGGAAGACUUGUCAUAUUUUAACCCGUCGGGUCAAACAACCACUUUGUUAUCUGCUCUGUUUGUUUGGAGGUCAUUUUUCUACGUCCUUGCAGAGUUUAGGGCGGUGAUCUUUACUGUACACCACCAAGGCCUCUCUUUUUAACGCCCCGGAGAUGCUUUUAAAGACUUGCUGAAAAAUUCUGAUCACCAACAAUAACACAUGCUGUAUUUUUAGACCAGCGUCGUAAAAAAAAAAAAAAAAAAUAGAAAGUCGUACUGUAGAUGUGGCUGAAGUAGGUUUUCUUAAAUUCUGGUGUGUUUUUUCACAGUGGGCCUGCGUAUACUCUGGUUGCUCAAUGUUACAAUCAUCAUGGCAUAUUUUUUCAUUUUUUGUGUUCUGUAUGAGAAAGUUGAUUUUUAGUUAAGGACUGGUUCCUGUUUUUGUUGAUUUUUUUUUUGUUCCCUCAACUAAGCUGCCUUGUUGUUUUUAUAAUAACUACACAAUUCUAAUUUACUUUUUAUCCCUUUUCUUGCUACUCCUUUUUUGGCCAUUUUCAGCCUAUUAUUGUUUUGUGCUCAGCUCAUCGUGGUUGAAAAUUGUCUUUUUAAUUUUUUUUUGAGGGAGGGGGGAAAUUGUCACCGGCGCUGCGUGCUGAUUCAUGAUGUCAUCAAAGUCGAGUGUCAGGAAAUUCUGAAUACUUUGAAUGCCCCCCCCCCGGGCCAAACGCGUGAACAAACAGCUGUUUCGAGCCGCAGCUGCCGAUUCUAUCCGAGAAUGAGCCAUUUGUCUCGCGUCUGUCCGAUUCCGAGACUGAUCGGCGGCCAAUCGGAGAAGCACAAACGUUUCGCUGUAAUUCCUGUGACCAAUCGCCAACACCUGUGACAGCAGCAGGACAACGGCGCCGUUUCACUCGAGUCCUCGCCCUCCUCCAUUUUCCAUCCACUUGCUGCUUGUCACGUUUUGUUUUUCUUUAAGAAACAGAUGUUGCCUUAGAUAUUAUUUAUGUUACACAAACCAAAUAAAUGGAAGACUUUUUUUUUUUUUUUUAAGUGUAAAGUGUGUUUUUUUUAAAUGAUAUUCUUAUGUUUUUAGUUUUAAGAAAUGAGUGUUUAAUACUUAGGCCUUGAUGCAGUGAUCCUGUGUAGAUCAUGUUUUUUGACAUUUAGCAUUUGAAUACUGUUUUUAAGGCGAUCAUGAAAUGUCUUUCAUGCCAGGCCUUGGAUUUAAACAAACAAAAAUCCAGUCAGAUGCUGUUCCUGGUUGUGAUUGCUUUUGCCCUCCUUGUGUCUUGCCCAAACUUGCUGUUUGCGGGAAA